GAAAGCGGGGUGUGAUUUUUGCUACCCUUCCUCAUGAAAUACUGGACAUGACAAACAAAUUCAUGACAGAUCCAGUAAGGAUCCUUGUAAAACGUGAUGAAUUGACAUUGGAGGGCAUCAAACAAUUUUUUGUUGCCGUUGAAAGGGAGGAAUGGAAGUUUGAUACCCUCUUUGAUCUUUAUGAUACCCUCACUAUCACUCAAGCUGUUAUAUUCUGUAACACUAAGCGAAAGGUGGACUGGUUAACUGAAAAAAUGCGUAACAAUAAUUUCACUGUCUCAUCAAUGCAUGGUGACAUGCCUCAGAAAGAAAGAGAUGCUAUUAUGGGAGAAUUUCAUGCUGGAACAACCCGUGUACUAAUAACAACUGAUGUUUGGGCCCGUGCUCUUGAUGUACAGCAGGUUUCUCUAGUUAUCAAUUAUGACCUUCCAAAUAAUCGUGAGCUUUACUACAUUCAUCGAAUUGGCCAUUCUGGACGUUUUGGAAGAAAGGACAAUUCUUAG